GCAGGCCCUCCGUGGCCUGAGUUCUCUCUCAGAGGUCCAGGGGCCAACGGAGAGGACCAGGGUGCAGGUGGGUGGCAGGGCCCCACGCCGGCGGCGGCCGCAGCCAUGGUGCGCACCGUGGACGACCUGGACUUCCACCUGCCCUCGCACGCCCAGGACAUGCUGGACGGCCUGCAGCGGCUGCGCUCUCAGCCCAAGCUGGCCGACGUCACGCUGCUGGUGGGUGGCCGCGAGCUGCCCUGCCACCGCGGCCUCCUGGCGCUGAGCAGCCCCUACUUCCACGCCAUGUUCGCGGGCGACUUUGCCGAGAGUUUCUCGGCGCGCGUGGAGCUGCGGGACGUGGAGCCGGCCGUGGUGGGGCAGCUGGUGGACUUCGUGUACACGGGCCGGCUGACCAUCACGCAGGGCAACGUGGAGGCCCUGACGCGCACGGCCGCACGCCUCCACUUCCCGGCCGUGCAGAAGGUCUGCGGCCGCUACCUGCAGCAGCAGCUGGACGCCACCAACUGCCUGGGCAUCUGCGAGUUCGGGGAGCAGCAGGGCCUGCUGGGUGUGGCUGCCAAGGCCUGGGCCUUCCUGCGGGAGAACUUUGAGGCCGUGGCACAGGAGGACGAGUUCCUGGAGCUGCCCCAGGACCGGCUGGCCACCUGCCUGGCCAGCGAGCUGCUGCAGGUGCAGCCGGAGCAGAGCCGGCUGGAGGCCCUGCUGCGCUGGGUGCGCCACGACCCCCGGGGCCGGGCCGCCCACCUCCCCGAGCUGCUCAGCCUGGUGCGCCUGGAAGCCGUGCCCAGGGCCUGUGUGCAGCAGCUGCUGGCCACGGAGCCGCUGAUCCAGGAGUCAGAGGCGUGCCGGGCGGCCCUGUCCCAGGGCCACGAUGAGGCGCUGCUGGCCCUCCCGCAGAAGCUGGACGAGGUCCUGGUGGUGGUGGGCGGGCGGGCGCUGGAGGAGGACGAGGAGGGUGCCGAGGAGCCCACCCUUCACCCCAGGAACUUCGCCUUCUACAACACCAAGGCCAAGAGGUGGAUGGCGCUCCCCGACUUCCCCGACUACCACAAGUGGGGCUUCUCCCUGGCGGCGCUCAACAACACCGUCUACGUCACAGGGGGCUCCCGGGGCAGCAAGACGGACAGCUGGUCAACCACCCAGGCCUGGUGCUUCCCCCUGAAGGAGGCCGCCUGGAAGCCGGUGGCACCCAUGCUGAAGGCCCGCACCAACCACGCCAGCGCCGCGCUCAACGGGGAGAUCUAUGCCAUCGGAGGCACCACUCUGGACGUGGUGGAGGUGGAGACCUACGACCCCUUCACAGACACCUGGACGCCCGCCAGCCCCGCCCUCAAGUAUGUCAGCAACUUCUCUGCGGCCAGCUGCCGGGCCAGGCUGUACCUGGUGGGCUCCAGCGCCUGCAAGUACAACGCGCUGGCUCUGCAAUGCUACAACCCUGUCACAGAUGCAUGGAGCGUGAUCGCCUCGCCCUUCCUCCCCAAGUACCUGUCGUCCCCGCGCUGCGCCGCGCUGCAGGGAGCACUCUACCUGGUUGGCGAUAACACCAAGAAGGUCUACGUGUAUGACCCCGGGGCCAACCUGUGGCAGAAGGUGCAGUCGCUGCACAGCCUGCACGAGAACGGCGCGCUGGUGCCGCUGGGCGACGCGUUGUACGUGACGGGCGGCCGCUGGCAGGGCAUGGACGGCGACUACCACGUGGAGAUGGAAGCCUACGACCCCGGGCGCGACGCCUGGACCCGCCACGGCUCCCUGCCGCGCCUCUGGCUUUACCAUGGGGCCUGCACCGUCUUCCUGGACGUGUCCAGGUGGACACAGCCCUUCGGCCCGGCCCAGGAGCACUGAGCA